AUGGCAUACCCUUCGCAGGCAGCCCAGAGGCCCCCGCCUCUGAGGCAGUACAACAACCCCGUACCUUCUUCGCCUGCCUCGGCCCCUGGUGGUUAUGCGCCUGAUGCUAUGUACGCCCAAAACGGUGGCUACGGCCCAUCAGACUCUGGCUACUCGGAUCCUGGUUACAAUGACCCUUCUUAUGGUUAUCCACAGUCCGCCCCUGGCCCUUCGCCGACUCAGUCGCAACCGCGUGCAAUGCGCCCACCGGGUCCACCGGGACCACCAGGCUCAGUACGACCACCCCCCGGAUAUGACAGUCGGCGCGGCUAUCCUGGCGAUAGACCACCUCCCCAGAAAAGUUCAAGGCCUCACCUCAAGCGGGAUCCCGUCCUCCGCGGCAAGGCGAGGGCUUCGACAGUCCUUUCCCAGCAGUUCCCCCGGGCAGAGACCCUAGAGAUCCGAGAGCGAGAGACCCAAGGGAUCCAAGAGCUAGAGAUCCCAGAGACCCCAGAGACCCCAGAGAUCCAAGAGCCAGGGACCCGAGAGACCCAAGGGCUAGAGACCCGAGAGACCCGAGAGACCCACGAAACCGACGAGGUCCUCCCCCGGACGGAAUAG